GCUUCUCUUGCCUCCUCUAGCAGCUUUCCGGAAUCUCUACGCAGAGUUAGUGACGCUCCGUUCCCACAAUGCUGCGGGCCCUGAUUGGGGAAGAUGGCGGAGGGAGGAGCGGCUGAUCUGGAAACUCAACGAGCGGAGAUCGCGGCGCUGUUAAAGACACAGCUACGGAAGGGAGAGACGUGGUAUUUGGCUGAUAGCCGCUGGUUCAAACAGUGGAAAAAAUAUGUUGGUUUUGACAACUGGGACAAAUACCAGAUGGGAGACCAGAAUGUGUAUCCAGGUCCCAUUGACAAUUCUGGACUCCUCAAAGAUGGCGACUUCCUGUCUCUCAAGGAACACCUCAUUGAUGAGUUGGACUAUAUCCUGGUACCUACUGAGGGUUGGAAUAAGCUAGUCAGUUGGUAUGGUCUGACAGAGAACCAAGAGCCAGUAGCACGAAAGGUGGUUGAACAGGGUAUGUUUGUGAAGCACUGCAAAGUAGAGGUGUAUCUCACAGAACUGAAGUUGUGUGAGGAUGGAAACAUGGACAAUCUUGUAACUAGACGAUUUAGCAAAGCAGACACAAUAGACACCAUUGAAAAGGAGAUGAGAAAAUGCUUUACUAUUCCUGAUGAAAAGGAGACUAGAUUGUGGAACAAGUACAUGAGCAACACAUUUGAACCUUUGAACAAACCCGACAGCACCGUACAGGAUGCUGGUCUUUAUCAAGGACAGGUUCUUGUAAUAGAGCAAAAAAAUGACGAUGGAACGUGGCCAAGAGGCUCUUCUACACCCAAGUCACCAGGUGCUUCACAUUUUUCUACUUUACCAAAGAUCUCGCCUUCAUCUCUAUCGAACAAUUAUAACAGCUUCAACAACAGAAAUGUAAAAAACUCAAACUACUCAAUCCCAUCAUACUCUUCUUAUAACAACUAUGAUUAUCAAGAGCAAGGAAGACACAAUGAGCUGCCCGGCCUGUGUGGCCUGUGUAACUUGGGGAACACUUGUUUCAUGAACUCAGCUGUACAGUGUUUAAGUAAUACACCCCCACUAACGGAGUACUUCUUAAAUGAUAAAUACCAGGAAGAGCUGAACAUGGACAAUCCUUUAGGGAUGCGAGGUGAAAUAGCAAAAGCCUAUGCAGACCUUAUUAAGCAAAUAUGGUCAGGAAAAUUCAACUAUAUUACUCCAAGGGCAUUUAAGACACAAGUUGGCAGAUUUGCACCUCAGUUUUCUGGCUACCAACAACAGGACUCUCAAGAGCUCCUGGCUUUUCUUCUUGAUGGAUUACAUGAAGAUCUAAACAGAAUAAGAAAAAAGCCAUACAUUCAGCUUAAAGACACAGAGGGGCGGCCAGAUAAGGUUGUUGCAGAAGAAGCUUGGGAGAUCCAUCUAAAACGGAAUGACUCUAUUAUUGUAGAUAUUUUUCAUGGCCUCUUCAAAUCAACCUUGGUCUGCCCUGUGUGUUGUAAGGUUUCAGUGACAUUUGACCCAUUCUGUUAUCUAACUAUUCCAUUACCCAUGAAGAAAGAGCGCACAUUGGAAGUGUACCUGGUCCGCUUGGAUCCACUUACAAAACCAAUGCAGUACAAGCUAGUUGUUCCUAAGGUUGGGUAUCUAUCAGAUCUGUGUGCAGCCCUGUCAACCUUAAGCGGAGUACCUGCAGACAGGAUGAUUGUAACAGAUAUCUACAACCAUAGAUUUCACAGAAUAUUUGCAACCGAUGAAAACUUAAGUAGCAUCAUGGAACGGGACGACAUUUAUGUAUUUGAAAUGGCCAUUAAUAGGUCAGAAGACACAGAUCAUGUUAUCAUCCCUGUGUAUCAACGGGAGAAAUACAGGCAAUCCGGGUACAACCACAGUGGCUCCCCUUUGUUUGGUCAACCAUUUUUGAUCACUGUGCCAAGAGUCAUAAGUGAAGACAAGUUCUAUAAUAUGUUACUGUUGAGAAUGUGCCGGUAUGUUCAGACAACAACUGAAAAUGAUGAGGCAGAAGAAACCCCACGUUGUUGCAAAGACCGCGGUGUUAAUGGCAACGGCUCUAACGGAGUACAUGAGGAAGGAUCCCCAAGUAAGUCUACAAGUGAAAUGGAGACGGACGAACAGGAUGACGAAUCUAGUCAGGAUCAGGAGCUUCCUUCAGAAAAUGAUAACAGCCAAUCAGAGGGGUCUGUGGGAGGAGACAAUGACCUGGAGAAUGGGAUUGGUGCCGAUCAAAAGAACAAAGGGCAACAGCAGUUUGUGGGACACAAAAAACGACUCUUUACAUUCCAGUUUAACAACCUGGGAAACACAGACUUCAAUUACAUCAAAGAAGAGACCAGGCAAAUACGGUUUGAUGACAGACAACAUAGGCUAGACGAGAGAUCCUAUCUGUCUUUGGACUGGGAACCAGGACUGAAGAAAAGAUAUUAUGAUGACAAUGCAGCUGAGGAUUUUGAGAAGCACGAAAGCAUGGAAUAUAAACCUCAAAAAAAGGUCUUUGUCAAAUUAAAAGAUUGUAUUGAGCUUUUCACUACAAAGGAAAAACUUGGAAUAGAGGACCCAUGGUACUGUCCGAACUGUAAACAACACCAGCAAGCCACUAAGAAGCUAGAUCUGUGGUCGCUGCCCCCAGUUCUUGUGGUGCAUGUGAAACGCUUUUCCUACAGCAGAUAUAUGAGGGACAAGUUGGAUACCUUGGUCGAUUUUCCUAUAAGUGAUUUGGACAUGUCGGAGUUCCUGAUCAAUCCCAAUGCUGGCCCUUGUCGAUACGAUCUGAUUGCUGUAUCUAACCACUAUGGAGGAAUGGGUGGAGGACACUAUACUGCCUUUGCUAAGAGCAAAGAUGAUGACAAGUGGUACUACUUUGAUGACAGCAGCGUUUCAACUGCAUCUGAGGAGCAAAUAGUGUCCAAGGCUGCUUAUGUACUCUUCUACCAGAGACAAGACACAAUCAGUGGAACUGGAUAUUUUGCACUUGACCGGGAAGCUGAGAAAGGGGCUUCAGCUGCUGCAGGGGCUCCGGCAGAGAGCGAUGAAGACUUGAAUGAAAAUGACAAUGACGAGCACGAUGUAGAAAAUGAAAACUGUAUGCACACUAACUGAGAGGACUAUCUGAAGCCAUAAACAAAAAACCUCCAUGCAGAUUGAGUCCAUGCUGUUUAGCUUUAAUUUAGAAUGGGAAUGUGUUUAAUAGCUGACAAUACAAACUGUCUGCACUGCAGUGAUGAAUGCUGAUGAUGUAAGAGAAUCAAAUACUUGCAGAUAUAUAGCGCAUCUAUCCCCUAUUUUCAAAUUAAAAGAAUGUUGGAGAUUUGUGAUAUAUAUAUAUAUAUAUAUAUAUAUAUAUAUAUAUAUAUAUAUAUAUAUAUAUAUAUAUAUAUAUAUAUAUAUAUUCAUUUUUUUAUUAUUACUCAGAGGUACUACAUACAUAUGUUUGCAUAUGAAUUUUAAUUUCUGCUUUGUAAAUACUUAAGAUGAGCACUGAAAGUGUUGGUGAACCUGCUGGACUGUCACGGAUAUUGCACAAUCAUCCCUGAUAUAUUGUAGAUAAAAUUAGUGCCACAAGUUCAGCAAUUGUUUUAUGAAUUCUCAGAGGGUCUUUACAUUAGUGUUUACUGCUUUAAAAAAAAAACCACCUUUUAAAUUGCAGAGUAAAUGUGUGUGAUCUGACAUUUCUACUACUUUGAAGUACAGUGACAAGAUUCAUGUAUCUUUUUUUUAUAAUAGUUGUGAUCAUUUUAAAAGCUGCUGAUAGACUGGUUCUGGGUUUUAGAUCUCUAUAUAAUAAUGCCUCUUUGUUACCUGGUCCCUCAUUCAUGCUCUAUUAAGUAAGCUGAUUUAUUGCAUUUGCCAUUAACACCUAAAACGCUCAACACCAAAUGGAUAUUUGCCCUAUCUGAAUGUGAUUUUGUUGGGUUUAAAGCUUUGCUUUAAAACCAAAAAUCCAACUGUAUAUUAUCUAUAUAUUUGCACAAAUCCUUGUCAGAAGAUUUUUUUAGCUUUGAGGUUAUACAUGUUGGUGAUGUAGUAGUUCUUCUGAUUUUAUUUUGUCAUCCAGAAGAAAAUCACCAUAGCCUUACUGUAAUCUCAGAAGAUGUGCAUAGUUAAAAUAACAUCUGCAUGACAGUUUAAUAAACUUAGACAUAUCAAGUAAGUUUUAUGCCUCGAAUUUAGCACUGACCAGUCACAUACAAAGGGGCCAGGAUGCCAAUAAUAAAUAAAUAAAAGUGUGAAGUUUUGACUUGUUUUGAUUGAUGCCUUCCGUAGGAUGUAGUUCUAGGAAUGUAUUUUUUUUUAUUUUUGACUACCUUUCAUAGUAGAUCCGUGAAUGCUGGGGUACGCUACUAAUAUCACUACCUAAGUAAAUGCUUAAUGACCCACUUGCAGGAUAAAGAGAUGGUGGUCUUCAAUAGGAAAAAUAAAUUAAACAUAAAAUAAGCUAUAAAUAUUGUAUAUAAAAGUUCACUCUGUGAGUGCACAUUUAGUAAAUUAUUUAUGUUAGUGUUGCUGAAAGCAAUGUAUAUGACCAGGAUUGUGUGAGAUCUAGGGGGUAUGGUUUUGCUCUGUAACUCUUCUGGGUGCUGUUUUGUUGCUGGUAUUUUAAGGUUGCUUUUUGAUUUGGAAUUAUUAUUAUUAUUUUUUUUUUUUUUUGUAACAUUAAUACUAACCUCCCGCAUGACAGGGGUUCAUAUUUUUGUCUGCACUUGAGUUCACUUGGGUUUACAUUUGAAAUGUGCAUGUUUAUUUAUACAAAAGUUAAAUAAAGAUAUGCAAGGU